UUUCUCCACCCCUCCACCUUCAUUAAGCAUUGCUGAAAUUUUCCUCUAAACCCUAAGUGCAUUUUUCUUCCUAAACCCAAAAUCUCGCCUUGCUUCCAAUCAAUUGGUGUUGCUGUUUUGCAUCCACUACUACUCCAUCGUGGGUUUUGUUGGGUUUCAUUCGUUUUCUAUUUUUUGCAUCAAGAUGACAGGUAGAGGCAGGGGAAGAGGUAGAGGAAUAUCUCAACCAAUACAAAAAAACCCUACAACAACCCCAUCUCCUCAACACCAAAUUAGGCCACCACCACUAAUAUCUCAACCAUUACAAAAAACCAUUGCAUCUAUUCCAUCUCCCCAUCCUCAGACUAGACCAACAACACUCAUAUCGCAACCAUUACAAAAACCUGAUACCGUUGUCCCAUCUCCUCAUUCCCAAACUAUGCCAACAACACUUAUAUCGCAACCAUUAAAAAAAGUUUGUACAACUGCCCCAUCUCCUCAUUUCCAAACUAGACCAACACUUUCCCCACUCAUUCAUCCCCAAACUAGGCAUGCACCAACUAUAUCUCAACCGAUACAAAAUACCUAUGUAUCAACCCCGUCUCAUUGUCAAUCCCACACUCCUCCUAUAUAUGUCCCAUCUCCUCAUUCCCAAAGUGGGACAUCUGUAGAUAUGCCACAUGAUCCUUCCAUCGAUGACGGGUCACAAGCUAACCUAAACAAUGAGCUUUGAACCAGAAUCCAAAGUGAGAGGUGUUAUCACAAAAAUAUUCAAGGAAAACUUUGGAGGGGCAUGGUCAUGUUGGAGUAGUGUGGAUGACGACACAAUGUGUGCUUGGUUAGAGGACUUUAAGGCAAAAUACAAAUGGCUUGAGAAGGAUGAAGCAAAUAUUAAAAAAAGCUUUAACAGUAGGGGAUCUUUGGCCCUAAAAAAUGCUUUGUUCAAGGUGCAUAAUGGUGAAGAUAUGGGUGAUUGGAUUGGGGAAGAAAAUUUAGAACAAUUGAAAGCUCAAUGGCAAGCUGAGACAUGGCAAAAAAUUUCUAUGAUUAAUAAGAAAAAUAGGCAAUCUCAAGUUGGACACAAUGUGCAUAGUGGAGGAUCCAUAACUGCGAGAGAACAUGUCAAAAAAAUGAGGGUGGAAUUGAAUAGAGAACCAACCAAUUUUGAGGUUUACGAGCGACUUCAUAGGCCAAAAGGGAAACCAGAUGAGUGGUUUAAUGAAAAACAGGCAAAGAUAGCUGAAAUGUACCAAACUCUAAUGUUUGAGAAACAAUCUCAUAAUGGCGAGGGUAGUAGCCAACUGUCUGAUAAUAGUAUAUACAUGGAAGUUGUUGGAGGCAUAAACAAGAAAGGACGCAUAUUUGGAUUAGGAUCUCAAGCUGCAACAAUCAAAGCAUUCAUAAAAUUGUCGUCUACAGAUUGUGAUGUAUCAUCAGAAAAAGUUGUUGCUAUGGAAGCUAAGAUUGAAGCUUUACGAUUGAACUUGAACAAAAGAAUCUUGAACAAGAAAUUAUUAAAAAAAAGAUGGCAUAUGAGUGAUUUCCAGAGCAGAUUCUUUGUUAACGAUGUAGAUAAACUUUGA